AUGGAAAUUCUUUUUGACUCGAAUAGUUUUUUACUAGUCGGGUAUCUUGUUAUUGCAACAGGCUUAUUUUGCUGUUAUUACUUUCAACGGGAAGAACAGCAGUAUCAGCAGCAAAAAAAGAUAAAAACUACACUAGUUCAACUCUUUACUGUCUUUUGGUCUUUUUGUUAUUUAAUAAAGUCAUUAUUAUCUUUAUCUUUACCAAGUAAUGAGCAAUCGAACUUUGAAGAGGAAUUUAAAUAUUUAAUUGUGACUUCAUCUCUUUUCAAUAACGAAAAUAACUUUCAACAGCAACAGUGUAGACAAACACCUUUCAACUUUAAAAAGGAACAAAUAAAAAAUAAACAGCUGAUGAUGAUGAGCAUUACAGUCUUCAUUCUCAGUUUAAUUUUUGAUAGUAACCUAUUUUUAUCUUAUUCUUUCUUACUACCCAUCUACAGUGUUAUUGGUUACUUUCUUUAUAGACAUCAUAGACAUGUACAGAUUCGAAAAAUUCAUACUUCAGCACUUGAUUCGAUGAAUGAAAUUAUAUCCUUGUCUCAAGAAAGUGAUACCCUACUACAAGGUUUAAUAAGCCAAUCAAGAGAGAUAAAACAACAAUUAGCUACUUGUUUAUCUUGUCAUUUCAAGCAACAUGUAGAGUUUGUACAUCGAUUAGAACCACUUAUUAAUCAUGAAAAUUUGUCUCGUCUUUGUGAAAUGUACAAUGUAAAAGAGGAAAUCCCAUCUUCAUUAUUAUCAGAGUUAAGCGAUGACAGCAAAAAUAAGAGAAUAUUCAAGGAUAACGAAGAAGAAUUCGAUUUACUUUAUUCUGUCAUUUGUUGGAAAAGACGAGAAUAUCUUUUAUAUCUUUUAGCCUUAGACGUAAUGACAACGGAUAAUCAUAAGACUCAUAUCGAUUAUGAGCAGAAUUGGAAAAGAGCAAUUCAAAGUAAUCUGGAUCUUGUACAAGUAUAUCAGGAGUUCAAUAAGAAGCUGUUAGCUACUCUACCAAAGAAUAUACCUUUAACUAAAGAUUCAGAUUCCAUUAAACCUUCUUCCUCCCCGGCAGAUGAACGUACACUUACGAUAAUGCAUCGAGUAGCGACAGUUGAAAAAUAUCUUGAAGACAUACAAGCAAAUAUUUUCUUAUUUAAACAAGAUACAAGAGGUCGAGUUUUGAACCUCAAUUUGGAAAGAAUGAAUAAAAGAUUUCAACUGAUAGAUGAAAGUAUAAGUAAUUUAUCAAAUCAAUGGGAGGAAAGUAAAGCAGCUCUGAAUGCAUUAUUAAUGAAUGAACAAUUGAAAACAAAAUUUACAUCAAAUUCAAUAUUGCCUUCACCACCUUCUUCUCCUCAAGACUUUGUUCAUCCUGUCUCUUUUUCACGUAUGAGCUAUGAAAACGAUAGACAAAAAUCUUUCACAAAUAGUAGAUUACAUCGUAUCCCGUCUUUAAUUAUCAAAAAUAGCAAUAAGAAGAUGACCAAUGAGCAUCCUGUUCAAUCAAGCUCGAUGACAUUCGAUUCUAUGGAUAACGUUGCUGAACAUAUCUAA